AUGGCCACAGAGGAUCUGGCCAAGAAUCUCCAGGAAGAGCUGACCUGCUCCGUCUGCAUGGAGUACUUCGUCGACCCCGUGACCCUCAGCUGCGGACACAGCUUCUGCCGUCUGUGUGUCCUCAAGAGCUGGGAAGAAACCCAGGAGUCCUUCUCCUGUCCGGAGUGCCGUGGGGCCUGUGAGCCCGGAGACCUGCAGAUCAAUCAGCGUCUGGGGAAUCUGGCCCUGAUUGGCAAGCAACUCAGACCCCAUUUACUGCAACAGAACCCCGCAGGAGAGGGGUUAUUGUGUGGGGAACAUCAGCAGACCUUGAAGCUGUUCUGUCAGGAGGAUAAACUUCCCAUGUGUGUGAUGUGUUGCCAUUCUGAGGUUCAUGCCGAUCACCGUGUGUGUCCCAUAGAUGAGGCAGCGGAGGAUUACAGGGAGCGGCUCCAGGAACUUCUCCAGCACCUGUGGACGGAAAUGACUCAGGUUCAGAAACUCAUCUCUACGGAGAAAAGGAAUUCAGAGUAUCUGGAGGAGGAGGUGCAAAGGUGGAAACAGAACCUGGUGUCCGAGUUUGAGAGGAUGCAUCAACUACUGGAUAAGGAAUUGGAGUUAAAGCUGGAGAGAUUGGAAAAAGAAGCGGCGGAGAAUCGGAAGACACUGAGGCAGAACGAGGAAAAACUGUCCGAGCAGACCCGCAAGCUGCGGGCACUGAUCACAGAUGUCGAGGAGAAGUGCCAGAGGGGCGACACCGAGUUGUUGCAGGGUUUGAAAGGAAUGUUGAGCAGAGGUGUAUUCAUCCUGCGGCAAUGGCCCAAGGCCUCCUCCUUGGAGCUGAGUGUAUGCAGCAUUCCUGGAAUGAGGGAAAUGCUGAGCAGAUAUGAAGUGGACAUGACCCUGGACCCCGAUACGGCCAGUCCUUACGUCAUCAUAUCGCCGGAUCGGAAGAGUGUGAAAUUCGUGGAAACCCGCCAGGAUGUUCCCGACCAUGAAGGCAGAUUUGACAAUUGUGCCAGUGUCCUGGGCACCCCGGUGUUCACCUCGGGGAGGCACUACUGGGAGGUGGAGGUGGGAGACAAGCCCGAGUGGGAGGUGGCGGUGUGUAAAGAAUCGAAGGACAGGAAGAACAGCAUGCAGAUAUUUCCCGGGGACACUUUCUCCCUGAUGACCUUCCGGACCAAACGUGGGGCUAAUCUCUGGAUCUCCAGCCCCUUGACCCCGCUCAGUAUGAAAAUGCCCAUCCGCCGCCUGGGGGUUUUCCUGGAUUAUGAAGCUGGGGUCGUCUCCUUCUACAAUGUCAUGGAAAAAUGUCUCAUCUACACCUUCCCCCCGACCUGCUUCUCUGGCCCACUCCGACCUGUCUUCUCACCUUGUCUUAUACAUAGAGGGCAGGACACUGGGCCGCUGACCAUCCGCCCCGUGAAAGACCACAAACUCAGUCACUAG